AUGUUUCGACGCAAGAAGAGCGUCCGCCAUGCUACAGCGGCCGCCCAGGCCUUUCGGGCAUCCCAGAAUCCGACUCCCAGCCUAUCUUCCUCCGCCGCGGCCGCCGCCCUUCGAAGCCAUACCCCCCCACCAACGGCCGUUAAGGAUGUCCAGACGAAGCGUAUGCUGCAGAGAAAGCAGUCCACCUCGUCUGUCGGUAGCUCGAAGGCGAGUGCUCAUGCGGACGGCAAGAAUGAAGGCCUUCGAAGGACCCGCAGCUCUUGCUCCAUGACCAACAGGACGUUCAGAGACCAGCUGCCCCCGCGAGCAGGGAGUGCGGCUUCAAAUCCAAUAGAGGUAACACCGGUCCCUCCUGUCCCGCGUGGCUAUACAGCCUCUCCCACUCCCCAGACGAUGGCCGGGAGCACAGAACUACUAAGCUACCAGGGAGCAGCGGCGCCCGGAGGACGUAGGCCACGCUCCGUGUCGAAUUCGUCUUUAGGGCUAUCCGAUCUCGAAAGACGUGGAAGCAGAAACUCGGUUAACUUUUCCUAUCCGAUGCAUCGACCAAACUCGCCCCGGCUAUCGAUAGCGUCGGCAGACUCGCCCAGGAGGAGGCGCCCGUCAUCUCCUAGAAUACAGCAGCUCUUUUCCGAACAGGCGCCAGGGAGUACACGGCGGCCCCUAUCGGAAUUUCGACCACCCCAGGUGGACCAGGGCACCCAGGUUGCAGAGGGCUCCUUUGGCAAAACAUCAACUACGCCUCCUCUUUCUGCCAUAGAGUCAGAUAUUAUUACACUCAAGCCGCAGACGGACAAGAUAGCCGGACAGACGGCGACCAAAUCUUCCCCCUCCGCCCUUGUUGGCGAAAUUAUGACGGAUGGUCAUGGUGAUAUACACCGCCCACUACCCUCUCCUACCCUUACCAGGAGGCCUUCUAUAGUGAUAGAGCUUCAGGAGGAAGGCGAGGAUGACCAUCCCUACGAACGGCCGGUACAUCACACAGCACUAGAUACCACCGACAAACAGCCUCGGCCAGCCAGUCCAAGUCUUGUUGCCAGUGAAAAACUCCCUACUUCGAAGCCUGAACCAUCACCGCCUUCUCAGCAGCGAAGCAACAACCGCCACGAUGCACCUCAACCGCAUUCCCAAGGCCCUGCUGCGUUACCCCCUCAGAUCAUACCGCACUUAAGACCUCAUUCGCCAAGCCCAAGCCGGCUCACACGCUUCUCCGCACAGCUGGAGGUCCCGGAAUCUGAGGAACAUCUGCACAAUCCUCCGCCGAGAUCUCUAUCUCCAGCUAAACCUGCAUUGAAAUCAAUGCUCAGAAGCCCUCCCGAGAGACUCUCUUAUCAGCCCGGGAAUGCCAGCAGCGAGACAUCUGAAGGGACCUCAUUAGUCUCGGACGAUGGCUCGAGGGCAGAAUCGAGAAAGAAACAGGCCAAAGUUAGUUUUGAAGACGAAACAGAAGUCAUCGGUCAUGGAAACAGCUCUCCCCCUUCCCCAGAAUCACUAAUAUCUUCAGGCCCUCGGGCACAUGUGCUAUCUAGAUCGUUAAACGGCGGCCUUGUUCGGCCAAACACCAGAGGCGACGAUUCAAAUGAAUUCGAUCAAUUCUUCACACCCCGCCCAGCCCUUCCGUCGUUUGGCAGCAUACGCGGCCGCAAACCGUCCAGGACAAGUGAUAUAGAAACCGACUCGAAGCCAGCAACGGAAAUAAUUUCUUCCUCUUCUGACCAUGCAAUCGGAGAAAUAAUUUCUACCUCCAGCAAAAACAUAGAACCUAAUUUACCGCUGCCUCCGGUCGUGACAUCAUUGGAGGGCACCGGAUACACCUCGUCAUCAGAGGAUAGCUUUAGCGAUGAAGGAGCAGAUCUACGCUAUUUCCCUCCCCGUCUCGAUAGCAGGAAUGUGUCUGCAACUGGAAGCAUUCCUGACCAAACUGCCCAGACCGGAACUUCGCAAUCACGCCAAACAGAGACAGCAAACCGCUUACUCCCAACUCCUACAAUAUUCAUCCAGCCUGCCACGCCAGCCAUGGAGGAAAAGGCAUACUGCGAGGAGUCUUCCCCUCAAAUACCCAAGGUAGAAAGCCAGCCCAUUCAAGAAGAAACCAAUCCAAAUUUCUCAACACCUGAGGGUAAUUUGCCCGACCAAGAACAGAAAGAUAAUGACUCCGAUUCGGGAAACAGCGUUUAUAGUGAUGCUUAUGAAGACAUUACUGAUAUGGAUUUGAAUGGUUUUGGCUCGAUUGAUGCGAUCGUUGAUAGAUCUGUGAAUCUCACUCCCGAGCCGCAGCACUUCAGUACAGUGCAUUCCCUACCUCAAGAAAGCGAACAAAGGGACAUGGUCUCGGAGUUGAGGGAUACAAAGGGAUUACCCCCUGUGGUCGAAGCUGCUCAGGGAUCGCAGUCACAAUCUACCGCCCAAUACCAGCCUCCCUCCGCCUAUCCAUCGCCUGAAGCUCCUGAGAAUUAUGAGAAACACUCUGACGCGCUGCCAGCGCCUGAUUCAUUUCAACCGCCUGAGAAGCCUCUGUUUGAAGAGUGUCCGAGAAAUUCACCUACUACUGCAGCAUCUUAUGCAAGCACAAACGCGAGCCCCCCUGGGCAAUUCGACUGCCACUCACCCACCCUACGCCCAAUCCCGGAGUCCAAUGAGGCCAGCGAUAAGAAACUCAUUAAUACAAACACCAAAGUGACUCCAGUCCAUCGCCCCCGACGAACGGUGUCAAACGCAAGCGACUCGUCCAGUAGCUUCAAGCGGACAAGGCGAUCCCGCCCAACCGGCCGUUAUACUCUACGAAGAACUAUGAGAGCAGCCAGCCCUAACAAUAGUAUGGAAGUGCUAUCUGAUGGUGGCCUGCCUUCACGAGCAUUCGACUAUUCACUAAAUCACCGACCAUUUUCUUCAAAUGACAGUCGCCCAACUAUGAUGCGGACUACAUUGCGUCCUCCUCCUACUCCCGCGUCUAGAUUCUCUGCAUUGACUGGUCUAGGGAAAUCUACGAAGGCGAGCAGGUUUUCUGGGAAGCCUCGUAGGGCACGGCCCGGGCAGGGUUUCAAGUCGAGAUACGAGGAUUCAAGUGAUGAGGAUAUCGAGACUAUCAAUCUACGACCUGUCCGCGGUAUUCCAAGGGGAAGACAUGAAGUGGAGGGUGACUCAACCGACCUUGAUGAUAGUUCGGAAUAUGAGACUACAAGACACGUUUUGAGGCGGAAGAAAUCAAAUAAAAGUAAUAGGAAGAGUCUGAAAGACCCUGCCGUUGCUGCCGCAUUAGCAAAGUUAAUGGCUACAAAGGAUACCGAAAACACAACCACUGUCACAGCAAGCCAUGACCGACCCAUUGAUCUUAAUGGAAAGAAUAAAAGCGGGUUACUCGGCCGUCUUCAGCUGCCGAAGCCUAAGCCACGACGUAGGGAUUCAAUGACCAAAAGUCCUGAACCUGAAAGCGCUCUUAGAAAAGACACAUCGCAGAGACGACCAAAGCUGGAACUGGAUCCCUCUAAGAACGCGCUCUCUCCCCCGCACCAUCAUUAUUCGAGGUCCACAACAACUAUCACUGUCAAUGGACGUGUCUUAGAGCCCUCGGGAGAUGAUUGGCACUCAAUAUCACCCAAGCUCCAGAAACGAUUGAGCAAAAGGGUUCCUCAGCCCGUUGCCGACUCUUGGCCUCUCCGCUCGAAUGGGCACACUGCUAUCUCCCUACCAUCCUCGCCAAGUGCAGUUGAAAAAACCGGACCGGCACUUCUAACAAUGCAAGCUAUAAGCAAUGGAAAAGACGCCCACGCUCGCCCUCGGACAUCAGAUUGCGUGACAAGACCGAAUAAUACACGGCAUACCAAUGAAACUCCCACCCCAAGUAGCCCAUUGAGUCCAUUGAGCCCAUUGAGCCCAUUGAGCCCGGCUCGUAGCCAAAAGCCAGCCUGGACAUCUCGAUUCCUGCCUUCCAGGGGUGGUACAGAUGAUACUUCUGUCACAUCAGCGAUAUCGGAUGUCCAUCUAUCACCCGCGCGAAUGGAUACUCCCCAGCGCGAGAAGAGAGGUAGAUUCCCAAGCCUGAGAAGAGUGGUAUUGCCUAAAUUUAAAAUAUCAACGUCGACGUCAUCAGUGCCAUUCUCUAAUUUAUAA